GCCUAAUUCCAGGGUGUGCUGGUAGGACUAAGGUCAUUGAUUCUUCUUUUUCAUUGUCGAAACCAUCCUGCCCCCAAAAGAUGAUGGUCUUGUUGAAAGCCCUUAGUGUUUUGCUUGCGGUGGAAGCGGCGCAAGCAUCCUCACCAUCAUGCACAGAAAACCUCCUCAAUGAUACCAUCUCCUUCUUCAGCCACGCCCCCUUGACUUUCUCCUAUGAGGUCAACAGCACCACUCUGUGCGCAGCUCGGUGUGCGCGAGUCCCGGCUUGUCACGCCUGGCUGUACUCUACGUCGGGUCGGGAGUGUCAAUUAUACCGGCAGCAGCCUGUUUCCCAGGCCUACAACCCGCAGUUUAUAUCCGGAAUAUGUGGGGAGCCGUCCAAGCGUAUACCAAACUCAGCAAUCUCUGCUUCCUCCUCCCUUCCCUCCCCGUUGCCAUCCGCUCCUGCGGUCCGUAGGGUCUCUCACGAUGCGAGCAACUCAGGAUCAGCUGUGAAGCGUGACUACACUGCGCAUCAUCAGCAUCAUCAUCAUCACACCCACCAUCGGCAACACCACGGACACUGAGAUUGGGCUCGAGAAGAAUGUAUACUGCUGCUCAGAAGAUACGCUAUGAUAUGCGAGCCCAACAUUGUGGUAGCAGAGGCCCCUAAUGGAGCUCGAUCUAACAACCACGCUUCCCGGAAUAAAUCCGAAAAUUUCACGUAGCUAUCGAGCAAAUACGUACAAGAGCUGGUAGUUAUUGUGGGCAUUCUAAAACUAGAAUAUUCAUAUAAAGCAUUCUUCUAUUUUCGUUAAUGCCAUACCAUUUUCUG